CUUCUGCCUUCGCUGCAAACAACGAAAUGAUAGCCUUCUUCGCCAGUCAAUCAAAAGAAAAACUGGAAAUAGCAGCUUCAGUGAUCAACUGUUUGAAUGCUUUCAUUGCAGGAAAGCUUGAUCCACCAAAGUGGAGUCCUAAUGAUCUGUCUCAGAUUCAUCCAGAUGAUGUUGAAGAAAUGGAUAUCACUUGGCAGAUGGCAAUGGCUGCCUUCAGAGCUCAAAAGUUUGUGAGAAAAACAGGUAAAAACAGGUGGGGAAAUGCAUGGAAUGGAGCUGCUAAAGUGCCCUUUAAUCUUCGUUGUUUCAACUGUCAUGAGGAAGGACACUAUGCUCGUAACUGCCCAAAGCCACUUGUAAACAGAGAUCAAGCUUCUGCAGAAUUAACGCAACCAGCAACACCUGGUCAACCUGCAACUCCUAAUCGAGAAAGGGCUCUUGUGACCACUACCAGUAUAGCAGAUGCUGAAGCUUCUGGAAGUCCACAGCCGCAAGGAUUAGCACAAGCACUGGUGGUACAGCCCAACAUUCACUUUGAUUGGUCUUCAGAAAUUGAGCGUUUGAACAUAUCAGCUCCAGAGAAUCAAACUGCUACAUCCAACAUUGCUUUCAUGACCUCAAGCGAACAUAGCUCUAAGCCAGAGGAAGAGACUGCAGCUGAUGAUUUUGCAUUCAUGACUCAAAUCCUGUCAGCACCUGUCAAAGGUCUCACGAAAGAAGAGAUGAUAGCUCUGAAGUAAAAUGUGGUGAUGUUCAUGGGAGUGAACCAGUCGUUAUUGCAAAUGUGUCUGAACCUU